CUUGGUUCAACAUUUCUUGGUUCAACACCUGGCUCUGAGCUUUCUGUUGAGGAGCGAAAUCUUCUCUCUGUCGCUUACAAGAACGUGAUUGGCUCACUUCGAGCUGAUUGGCGGAUUGUUUCUUCCAUCGAGCAAAAGGAGGAGAGUCGUAAGAAUGAAGAGCAUGUUGUUCUUGUUAAGGAUUAUAGAUCAAAGGUUGAGUCUGAGCUUUCCGAUGUCUGUGCGAGUAUUUUGCAGCUUUUGGACUCGAAUCUUAUUCCAUCUGCCUCUACUAGUGAGUCUAAGGUCUUCUACUUGAAGAUGAAAGGGGAUUACCAUAGGUAUUUGGCGGAGUUUAAGGUUGGAGAUGAGAGUGGGUGUUUUCUAUUAUAA